CAAAUAAAAAAAUGAAGCAACAUUAGCAUGUAAGGUUCGAAUCCAUAAUUAACAUUUCGACAAAUAUUAUAAUUUACACUAAAAGGCUAAUUCAAUAUUAUCAGUGUAGUAUACAGUUAAAAAUAAUCCUAGUACCCAAACACAAUAUCUUAUUAGGUAUAGUACUGCCUCGUUGGUCUAGUGGUUGUAGUAGUGCGACUGCUGAUCAUGAGGUCCCGGGUUCGAAUCCCGGGUCGGGCCAAAAAGUCAGUUUAUGAGUUUUUCAUUUAUGUUCUAAGUUAUAAUUAAUAUUACAUACUAAGUUGUAGUUUUUUGCUAAAAUAUAGUAUAUUAUUUAUGGCUUGUUUUUUUCUUCUUUUUCAUAAAAUAAUUGAGUACAUAAGGUGUUGUUAAUAUAUGCCGAAUGUCAGAGAAAAAAGCUAGUACAUCUUUUGCUAAACUUUAAAAUCUAAAACCAAUUUUAAAACAGACGAAUUGAUCAUAACUCCCUUAGCUAUAAAAUAAGUUAUGAUCGGCUGACAUUAUGCACUCCAUACAUUUCUUAUAUCUAAUUACAGCCCCAUUAAAUUCCACUAAAAGAAAAUAAAUAACUAGUAAAUUCAAACAAAAAUAACUGCAUUACUAUAACUAUAGUCAUAUUCAUACAAAUCAAAAAGCCUAUAUAUGAGAUAAUGUAAAGUAAGCAUAAUUUUACCGGCAUCAUAACUUGUCAAAUAAUUAGGAAAAUGAUCGUUUUUCGUUGCGUACGUGUUUUGACUUUUAAUUUAACACUGUUAGGUUUAAAACUGCGAGGUAAUAUUUGAAUAAAUAUACUUUCCUCUAGAUACAAAGGAUUUUUUAGAUGAGACAAUAUUUGGACUACUAGAAAUCUUAUUUAUGGAGUAAAAAGGCGAAAAGACUGGAAUUAGGGGCAUGACUGGUAUUAGUGGCAUUCACCCUAAUUCGGUAAAAAUUAUCUAAGUAGGUAUUAAUAUACCAUUAAUAUACCUACUUAUUACUAUAAACUAAAAAUUUUUAAAACUAAAUUUAACUAAAAAAAACUAAACUGACCAUUUAUUUUUUAACUCAAAACAGGACAUGGGUAUAUUUAUACUCUAAAAAACUAUAACUUUAUACAAUUAGUGUUCACUAUAAAAUUAUAUUCGGUAUAGACGGUAAUUAUUAAAUGCAACAUAUUUUUUUUUAAUUAUUAAUUACAUUUGUCAGUGGAUUAUAUUUGCUUUAAUAAAGUUGGUGAUGAUUUUAAAUAAGAAUAAAAUUCUGGUCAAGUUUUUUUUAUUGUUAUCUUUGUUAACAACAUCGCCUUUAGAACUGGAAUCGUUUUAAGUGUUUUUUUCAGACGUACACAAUUUAUUCAAAAUAGAAAAAUACUAUUUUUACUGGAGCAUUUGUACCAGGUCGACAUAAAAUAUAUUCGAUUAAAAAAAUUAUGUUGAAGAUUGUUGACUUUGAAUACUUCCAUCCAACGAGUUACGGGACAAUUUUGUGUCCCGGAGCUUUGUUUGGGGACAAUGAGACAGGUGACCGAGAAAAGGGACAGUCCCGUUCAAAUCGGGACGUAUGGUCACUUUAGCUAUAACCCGGCGAUGGCUCCGUGGCGCAGUGGCUUAGCAAUCAUUUGUUGCGCUGGGGGCCGCGGGUUUGAAUUCCGCACGGAACAAGUAUUUGUAUGGCCUACAAAUAAUUGUUCCGGGUCUGGAUGUUUGUCCUUGUGCAAUUUAUGUUUGUAAACUGCCUCCACGACACAGGAGAAAAUCCUAGUGUUCUGGUAACGUUUUUUUAAAAUUGAAAUUAAAAGAUUGAACGCUUAUACUUCUUGUUGAUUUUUGUAUUACCUUUAUUAAAUUUACCCUUAUGUAUAAAUAAAUAUAAUUACGUAUGUAGAAAUAAAAUUGAUUUUCAUCCUCAUCAACAUUCUAUUUAUUUAUUUAUUCUUUUUUGCACCAAAUAUUUGUACAAAAGUCGAGCUAUCUAUCUAUUUACCUAUAGUGAGUAGGUAUCUUUUAAACUCACAAUUUUCAAUGCUUCAUUUUUUAUAUAUAAUUAAUUAUAAAAUUUCGCAUGGAGUAGCCCCUUAAUGCGAAUUAAGACGAUUUGGUUAAAUUCGCCUAUGUCUGAGGGUGAUAAUACGAGAGGGAAAAUUUAACAAAACAAAGGUGUUAGAACUAUCAACCGUGAAAAAAAUUUAUAGUUUUAUAUUGUUAUCAAUAAAAUUACAUAAAAUCUUUUAGAUGUAAGAAGGAAAGAGAUCAUUUUUUUUAUAGGAUCGGGUGACAAACGAUCACACAGUCCACCUCAUGGUAAGUGGUUACUGUGACCCAUAGACAUCUACAUCUAUCCUCAAUAAAGACUCAAAAUGCAGAUGCGUUGUCACCCGUGAGGACUAAGAUGGAAUGCCUCUUGUCCAGUGAAAAGGGUCUCCGGUUCUCUACACUCACCAUACAAAACACAGCAGCGUUAAGCUGCUAUUUUACGCUACUACAUAGUGGAUAAUAUGGUUUUUGGUACUUUUGUCUAAUCCGCACAACCAAUUAAAGUAAAUAUUUUUUGUGUAUACGUAUUAGUCUUUUAAGCAGAAAUAAUCGUUAGUAAUAUAAAAUAUAACAUAAAAAUUAUUGUAAAAUAAAAAUAUAGUGUAUUGUUGAAGGAGGCAAUUUUCAAUUUCGAAGAUGCCAUAACUGUUAAUUUUAUUAGUGUAACAAGCCACUAUCCAUUAUGGCUCAUGCUAAUUGGUUGAAAAUGUAAAAUCACAGGCAUCAUUUACACCAAUUUCAUCCUUUUACAUUGUUAGUAUUUUUUUAAAGGAUAAGGGUGACAAGCGAGCGCACAGUCCACCUGAUGCUGUGGCACAUAGACAUCUAUAUCUAUCUUCGUUUGGGAAUCAAAAUGCAGAUGCGUUGUCAACCGUGAGGACUAAGAUGGAAUGCAUCUUUUGCAGUAUUUAGUAUUAAGAGUUUUUCAAAAAAAGUUCACACAUACACUCUGUAAUUCUGCACUGAUGGUAUCUUGCUAUUUACAUUGCAUUACAACAACCUAUAAAAGUUCACAACUGAACAUAGGACUUGUCCACAGAUUGCCUCAUAAGAACUUUGUCAUAGUUGCCACUCUUGGCAAGUGGAAUGGCAACCACAGCGUUUUAUUAUUUUGACUUGUUACAUGUAAGAUGCUGCUACCCACCUCCUAUUUCAGUUUCAGUUUCUUUUAGUCGUUUCUUAAUACUACACUUAUGUGGUAGUGGAUAUUCCUACAUUGGCCACCACACAGUGGACUGUGGAUACAUUUAAUUAAUGAUUUCUAAUAUUUACGCAAACAUUAUUCAUUGAAUAACUUAUUUUUAACUUCCAGUCAUGGUUAUGAGAGACUGAGGUAUUGAACAUUGGGCUGCCAAAUACCUCAGGCCCCUCGGUAAACUUUUUAUGAGACACCCGUAUGUAAAAAUAGUUUUAUUCAAUAUGCCAUUUAAUAGGAGGAGCAAAAAGACAAGGAGAAGGAUCGCCGUCGGUCGCGGUCCCGCUCCCGCAGCCGCCGCCGUUCCCGCGAACGUCGCCGCUCGCGCUCCAGGACACGUGAUCAUUCCGGUGAUAGGAAACAUCGCAAUGGGGGAAGUCCGCGUCGAUCCAGACGACGCAGCCGAGAGAAGAGCCAGCCCAAGACUAAUGCUAUUCCUAAUGUUGACGAUAUUAAGCUUCCAGAACCUAAAGAAAAUGGCAAAUCACCGGAGAAGCAAGAAGAAAAGGAAAAACCAGAAGAAGAGAACCAUGAUUCUACAACAGAAGUGGUAAAGGAGAAUAAUGCAGAGGAGACAUCAAAAGAGGAGAAGAUAGAAGAAGAUGGUCACAAAUCUAGAUCUGUAUCUCCAGCUAAGGCGACUGGUGGUGGUGAGAAGGAAGCUGAGGAGAAACCUCCGGAAAAAACUCGACAAUCAUCAAGUGAACGUCGUUCAUCGUCUGCUUCAUCUCACGGCAGUGCAAAGAAAAGAUCCUCGCAUAAGAAACGUCAAUAUCGCUCCAACCGUGAUUCCUCCGGUAGUGCCAGUCCAAGACGCAGUUCGCGCAGAGAAAGGAGCAAGUCUCGACGUCGCAGCCGUCGUAGAUCCCCAGAUCGUCGUGAAAGGGAACGGGAACGCGAACGCGAAAGGGAACGCGAGAGGGAACGUCGCCGACGUGAAAGAGACAGACGAGAAAGGUCCCGAGAGCGUCGUCGAUCGCUUGAAAGACGCAGACGUUCGCGUUCACGCUCUCGACGACGUUCAAGAGACAGAUCGCGAGACCGGCGCCGCUCCCGUUCCCGCAGACGUUCGCGUUCGCCCCGACGUUCUGGUAGACGCUCGCGUGAUCGACGCUCCAGGGACCGACGUUCGAGAGACCGGCGUUCUAGAGAUAGAUCCAGGGACAGGAAGUCACGAGACCGUACAAGAGACAGGAGGUCCAAGGAUAGAAAAUCUCGCGAUAGAAGGUCCAGUGAUAUCAUUAAGGAGCGGUUGGAAAAAUCUGUGUCCAUACCAAGGAAAGAAAACCUUGAAAAAUUACACAAGCCAGUUGAACGGAACUCUAUUCCACCAGAGCGCACGAAAGAACAUGCUUCGAGUUCUAGUAGGGAAUCAUCUGUGGCAAACGAUAAAUCUGCUGCAGUGAAUGAUAGUCAAGCUAAACCAGCAGCUCAAUCGUCCGAUGAUGAUGACAGAGAAGAUUUUAUACCCAUACCCACCUUAAGAGACUAUUCUAAGAGUUUAUCUCGAACACCUUCGCCUUUCCUAAGAAAACAUGAAAUUGAAAGCAAUAAAAAAUCUGAUAGAUCAGCUGACGACGCAUCAGGAAAAGAACAAAAUGAUGAAGACAAAACACAAGAAGUGAAAAAAUUGAAAAGAAAAGCUCAUCAAUCAGAUAGCGAAAGUGAAAGCAGUGAAGAAGUUAAUAAAGCUAAAAGUAAGGCAAAACUUAAGCGCAAGGAAAAAGCUACAUCAAAGAGAGCUAAGAAGACC